CCAACACACACAGCAACACACACAGCAACACACACAGCAACACACACAGCAACACACACACAGCAACACAAACAGCAAACGCAGGGACGUGAACUGAUACUUAGAGGAAUUGAGUCAGGAAAGAACGGAGAGAGAACGUACUAUGCCACACGCUUCAUUCCACACACACACAAUUUUUUGUUUUUUUACAUUCAACUUUCAAGCCACUUUCUUUAGUUUAGUGCGGACGAACUCAUGAAUCGGCGUUGUCGUGACAACGCUGCUCAUUCCGUGGUUCCGCUCGUCUUGGGGGUGGGGGGGGGGGGGGGGGGGGGCGUGAGACGUGUAAAUAGCAGAAACAAAUAAACAAGCAGCAGUUUGGUUUCAACAGGCAGGGCAGAAUUCAGACUUGUGGAAGUCGACUGUCAGUCUGUCUGUCUUUCUGACCGAACUGUCUCUGAUGAUGAUGAUGAUGAUGAUGAUGAUGAUGAUGAUGAUGAAGAGAAAGACGUUGUUGACGGGUCAGACGCCUGCUCCCUGUGAUCGAGCUGGGAGAGGGAAAACCUUCCUGAAUGUACGUUGACGUGUUAUUUAUGACGGAGAGAGAGAUGACUGAAAUGGAUUCAAGGGUGAAAUGAUUUGUUAUUUUUUCCCCCUCUUCUGUAACAGUUGCUCUGUGUGCCUGCCAACGCUCCAAGGAGCUGACCUAGGAUCUGCUGUACCCAGGUUGACUGCACCCGAUCCUAACACCCUCCUACUUCCACAGCAGAUCCUAGAUCAGCUCUUCGGAGCUCCUCUUCCCUGGAAUAAACCCUCAGGAGGCUCUGAUUGGACGGCUCCCUCAAGACAACUCCUCCCCCUUUCCCCUCCCCCCUCUGCGCUUUCAACCAAAACAGUUAUCCGUUCUGCGUGUUUAUGCCAAACGUUAUUCUUUUAUUUUUGGUUUUAAAUGCGUUCGCUUGAAGACGUUCCUUCCUAAGCCGGAUUAGAGCUGACUGACUUCUGUUUUUAUUUGUAUUCUUAUUCUUACUAUUAUUAUUUGCUCUUCUUAGAGCUAGCCAGAUCUGUUCAACAUUCGAGAAGUUGGAGGUCAGCAGGGUAGAGACAUCAAGGAGGGUUAACAAGUGAGCAAUAUGAUAAAAGAUAAUAAUUUAUAUAUUGUAUAUUAUUUUUUGGAUGUGUGUGCUGAACUAUGUGUUUAGAUUUAAUGACCUGUCCCGGCUCUCCUCUUUGCCACAGCAGCCAAUGCCUGUGAGGCUGAUGCUGUGCACUGUGACAGGAUUGGCCUCUUCGCCUGUCAAUCAUCUUGACAUCCUAUACAUUCUAAUAAUGACUUCCUGGGCCGGCCUAUUGCCCUAUUUUUAAGGUGUAACAUUUGGAUGAAAGGUUUAGAUGGCCAAAAAAUCCUGUUAACAAAUUCCUUAAAAGCUCAAAUAACCCCAGUGUCCUAUGUAACAGAAACAGACAACAUUCCAUGUAAAUCUAUACAUUUGAUAUUUUAUCUGUAAUAAUAUAACACCAUGUUACGUCCUAUUCCUGCUGCGUGAGUGAGAAGGUGAUCGUGACUCAGGCAGGGUCCUUCUGAAUGUAUCGCUCUGCUUAUCGCUCUGGACCGCGCUCGUUCUGCCACAUCGAGCCUAGCUUUUUUUUCUGCGGCCUGCAUUUCGUUAUAAUAAAGAAGGCCAAAGCUCUGGGUCUACUCUGACAGGAGGAUGCAGUAUCCCUCCCCCUCCCUCCCCCAUGGCUGCCCUCCCUCCCCCUCCCUCCCCCAUGGCUGCCCUCCCUCCCCCAUGGCUGCCCUCCCUUCACCAUCCAUUAUCAGUGCCACCUGAGGGUCACCCCCCCCCCCACACACACACACACACCCCCCUUCUAUAAGCAGCAUGUACCUAGACAGGGCUGGAUAACCCUGACCUCUGACCCCUCAUGCUCACAAGGGUAAACCACCUGAUUCCCUCUUCUUUGAAAGCGGAUGCAAAAGCAGUUGGAGGAACAUUGUGCGUGUGUGGGAUUGUGGGAAGCCUGACUGAACUCUGGUGUUUGUGAGGGGGCCUGGGGGGCGGCAGUUGUUUGACUGUCUUAAUAAUGUUCCAGAGAAUCAGGACUCUUCCAGGCUCCCCAGGACCGGAACUGCAGCUCUCUGGGCGGGGGAUCUCAGCAAUAAGACCGUAGCCAUGCUUGUUGUAGUUCACUAACUGUACUGAGGCUGCACAGCCAUGGUAGCCUGUGUUGACUGACUGUGGAGCAGGACUGCAGGUUGUGCAAGACACAGUCCUUGUGUGUGUGUGUCUGUGUUGUAACACGUCAACGGGUCACUUCAUUGACUUCAACCAACAAGUACAUACAGGAAGUCACUUUUUUAUUUUAUUAUGAAGUGACCAUGACUCUUCAUCUGCUUACACUGAAGCAUACCUGAAUUGGAAAUCGACGAGAGAUGACGAUGGCAGAUAAUCAAAACGUGCCUCGUAACCUCGGAGACGAAGCCGUGAGAACGUUGUUGUAACUUUCCCCCCUCUGCCCCCCCCUCAACAUGCCUGUAACAUGUAUGUAACAUAUGUAACAUGUACUGUAUGUGAUGAUGCCCGCCUGUUGUAGCGGUCAGGAACAGAGUUCUCCACAGGUCUGGAGACAGGACUAUUCUGGGUCGUAGCGGACAAUGGGCACAGAUGAGCACAGAAUCCUGUCCUUGUUUGAUGCAUUCCUGUAUUAUUCCUUGAGUCUCCCUCUAAUUCUAAAACACACACACUGUAAAUAGAUAUGCCUAUUCCACAUUCCACACACACUUUCCCUUCCAGAUAAUAUGUGAAAAAUACAGAAAGGGAUCAUAAAGAAACCCGCCCCCCGUCUCCUUUCAUUGGACUGUUGAGUCAAACCGAGCUGUCAGUCAAACAGGAUCCUCCAAUGGAUGUGGAAACUACUGUAACAAAAGCCUGGACCAAAACAAAGCUCAUUUGAAAUGUUUCCAGAACUUCAGCUUGUUUUUCCUUCCUCCAAAAAAAGAUUGAAUACUUGGAUCAACCAUCAUCUAACUGAAGGACCCUCUCUGAACUCACGACAACAUGCGUGUUCCAUGUCCUACAGUUAGUGUUCCAUUUCCGGUUUGGGGACCGGAUGUUGGCCGUUGUGUGUGUAUGUGCGUACCAUUCUCCCCUGUAGCCCUGGGUUAAAGGUGAACCAGGUUCUCGAAGCUAUCUUUAUGUAGUGGCGUUUCUGUGCCACUAGAGGUGCUUUCCCCCAUCUGCCUGUUACACUGUUUUUGAGUAAAAAGAGAAAACAAUUCUUAAAGUCAAACAUGGCUCUUUUUUGUCAUCGUCUGCAGCAAAAUACAAUCGAAUAACGCCAAGAUCUGCACCAUAUAUUUCGUCUGAAGUUGUGUGAUGUGGAGUCCGCAUAGCCUUUUCAGGCCAGCAGAUGGCGCUGUAGCUGGUUUUCUUUUGCAGUGAGAAUGGAGUGAAUGUUUAUUAUAGCUUGAUUUGGCGUCUGAACUACUACGAGUCUCGACUCAUUACAAUGACUUUAAAGCACAGUGUAAUUAUUUAGGGUUCCAAACAGCAACUUUAAGAAUUUAGGGGUUCUAGCUGGACAUUUUUAAAUGUGUCUGUUUCUGAGGAGAACAUUGUUGCUUUUUGUUAAGAGUUUGUCUUUGUGACAGAAGCAAUUCAACGAUGACAUUUUAAUUUAUGUGACGCUUUUUAUCCAAAUUAUUCACAAAGUGCGUAUACCAGAAUAAGUUCAAAAAACUCAAUUUUCAAUUAUAAUUCACUCUUUGUGGUCAAUGUAUUUAUUCAACAUGUUUAUGUUAGGGGGAAAUUGUCUGGCGUGGUUAAGGGCUCUGGAUUGGAACCUGCUAUUCAUUGACGCUCUUAUAGUAGGAUCAACUUUAUACGUGUUUGUCUAGUGUCCCAGAGGUAGGAGUGCAAGCGGCAAACGAAUGGGCUGCUCUGAUUACAGCAUUGAAGGAAGUGUGUUCAUUACCCUUUUGCGUAAACAGGCCGUGAGAGACUUUACUACUUAGUUUGGCAGAUGUGAACGAUGACCCAGAACCGACAUGAAGUCCCAAGAAAAGGCUGAAUACGCGGGUGAACUUAAUGAUUUGCCCGAAGACUCAAACUUCGUCAAACCGUACUUACUAAAGCUGCGGGAGAAGGCACAGAGAGAAAUCGACCCGCUGCACAUUCUCGACUUUUCCGACGGCGUUUUAAUUCGGUUUCUGAGAGCCAGAGAUUUUGAUAUUGCGCUGUCACUGAAGCUGCUACUGAACUACCAGCGCUGGCGCAGGGAGUGCCCAGAGAUCAGUGCCAACCUGCACCCCUCCUCUGUCCUGGGCCUGCUGCAGAACCACUACCACGGGGUGUUGGCCCACCGCGACCACAGCGGUAGCCGAGUGCUCGUCUACAGGAUAGGUCAGUGGAACCCCAAGGACUUCUCAGCCUACGAGGUGUUCCGCAUCAGCCUCAUCACGUCCGAGCUCAUCGUCAGGGAGACGCAGACCCAGAGGUGUGGGGUGAAGGUCAUCUUCGACCUGCAGGGCUGGUGCUUCGGACACGCCCUCCAGAUCAACCCCUCCCUCGCCAAGAGGAUCGCGUCCGUGCUCACCGACUCGUUUCCUCUCAAGGUGCGAGGCAUCCACCUCAUCAACGAGCCCAUCUUCUUCCGCCCAGUCUUCACCAUGCUCCGCCCCUUCCUGCCUGACAAGAUCAAACAGAGAAUCCACAUGCAUGGUGGCAGCUUCGCAGAUUCCCUUUGUGACCACUUCCACUCGACCAUCCUCCCCCCGGAGUUCGGAGGUGAGGGGCCUGCCAUAGAGGAGGUGUGUCAAGAAUGGACCAAUCACAUCCUGCGGUCCGAAGAGCUUCUCGCACAGCUCUCUGCCCACCCCGCCGAGGAGAUGGUUGCCCCCGAGGAUCGCCAGUCAGCUACGUAGACUGUACUGAACUCCAUGACCCACAAUGCAUCUCACAUCCCUGACCACGUCAUGGAAUCUGAAUAGAAUGAUGGCUGCAGAUGAGUGGUAUAUCAACAUUUUAUUCCGGAACUUUUGGGAGUCACUGGAAUUCCAGAUAUAGAGUUCCGUUUUGCUUCCGAUGUAUCCUAAAUCAUACGAGUGCCUUAAGUGAUCCUAUUUUUUCUUAACAAUGUAGUUUUUGAGCCCAACGCCGAAAGCCGCAUAGGCUACAGACUACAUAUCCCAGAGUGCAUCUCACUGACUGAGUGUAUUCUAUUCAGAUCCUUUUUAGGCCGAAACCAAGCCAGAUAGAAUUUUUUUUAAUCUUACAGCUUCUAAGCUUAAAGUCUCAUUAAAUAUAUUUUUUAUUAAAGGUAAGUAUUUAACAUACUGUUUAGAAAAUCAGCCUCUAUACAACAAGACGGCACUGAUUCUUUAACCACCCCCUAAAGAAUCCUUCCCUUGUCUCCUUUCAUCCAUGACCACUAAAAUGAACCAGGAUGGUUUAGGUAUAUCCACUUGACUGUCCAUACAACCAAUAUCAGUUAAUUUGAUAACCAACACUGAUGAGAUUAUAGAAUGUCAUGAAUGACAAUGUGGAAUGUUGAGAGAGUUCUCAAAACUCUGAUGUGUCUCUCAAGAAAUAAGAUGGAGGCUUCUGUUAGUGCAUCUCUGUUCAUGAUUAAGCAACAGUCAUGUGAAGACAUACGUUUAUCUGUAGCUGUGUUCAUUACCGCAAAGUGUUGAAACUAGGACCAAGGCUAGAAACAUAUUACGUGUCUUAAAUACAAUUUAUAUAUAUUUUUCAUGUUUUUUUAAUUGUAUGGAUGACAAUAGAGACCUAAUGUUUAAAUGUCAACACUGUUUUCAUAAUUGUUUCGUUUUGCCUGCUUGCACCUUGGAAGUUCAUUGACAAUCCCAAAAGUGUCUCAGGCCUCUUAGCUGUAUUCUGUUAGCUCUCCUCAUCAUCCUCUCUGUCAGACAGUCAGUAAAGUCCAACAGUCCACUGAGUAGUGUUAGGAAUGGUCCCACACUUUACACAACUAAAACAACAGCAGCUUGCUUGUACUUGGCUUAAAUUAGACUUCACAGUACUCUCUCUCUCUCUCUCUCGCUCUCUCUCUAUUUCCCUAUCCCUUUAUAUCUCUCUUUCUCCCCCCUCUCACCCUUCGCCCCGGUCUCUCUCUGUCCCUUUCUCCCUCUCUCCUCCUGGACCUUUAGCCUUGUUCCCAGUCAGUAAACAUUGAAGGAGUGGCACCUUUCCCUCAGUCAAUAUUUAUGAUCCACUAUUUUACCCAUACAAGGCCCAAAUGAGACCCAUCAGAUCUCUGGAUCACUGUCUCAUUUAAAAUGCCUUUCCGUCUCACACAAUGCAGAUAUUGUGCAGUGACAUCACAAUCAGAAUGAAUGCAGGACAAUUGGAAUGAUUGUUUUGGAAUUUUCCUCUUGUCUGUAGAUGUUCUCUAGUGUUGACAACUUGAAAUGUAUGUUGACACACUGCAGUGAUGAGUGAUUCUGUUCUGUGGAAAUGUGAAGAAUUGUCAGGAAGUUGCGUAAGCUUACACAUGCUUGUGUGAGCUUAUUUAAUGUUCGUUUUCAAGGGAAGUGUAAUUUAGUUUUUUUGUAUAUGGGGGAUUGUCACAUAGUUAAAUGUAUUAAUGAUUUGAAUGAACUGUUACGGAAUAAUUUAAGCACUAGCUGACCUAUUAAUAUAUUUUCACAUUUAGUAAUUGCGCUAAUUUCUUAAUCCGUCCUAAUGGAUGUAAGGAUUUUUUAUUUCUUUUUUUCCCCUUCAAUAUAGCCUAUUAACUGUUGUACUUUUUUCCAGUUAUCAGCCAACUAAAAACAGGUAAAAUAAAUGAACGAAUACA